CGUUCACUUCACUCUCCUCUAUUCGUAAAACCCUAAAAAAGUUUGUAGGGUUUUUGCAGUUCUCUCAUCUGAACCUUCAGUCCACAUCGUCCUUUCUACACCAUGGGCAAAUCCAGCAAGAAGUCUGCGACUCAAGUCGCUCCGGCAGCUGUUGUUGCUGCACCAUCAAAGUCAGCGAAGAAAGGGAAGAGGGAUGCAGAAGAAUCUUUGGAGAAUCAGGCGAGUGUUAAGAAGCAGAAGAUAGAGGCGCUUCAGAAACAGAAGAGUGGGAUUAAAACAAAGAAGAAGAAAGAGGAAACCCGUAGUUCUUCUGAGUCCGAAGAUGAGAAGCCAAAGGCUAAGGUAGCACUACCAAAGAAGGGCAGUGAAGCAGUGAAGCCAGCUGCUAAAGAAUCCAGUAGUGAAGAAUCCUCUUCUGAUGAGGAGCCUGUUGUGAAAGCUGCUGUACCUACCAAAAAGCAGCCGCCCUCUGUUGCUAAGAAUGGCCCUGUUGGAAAACCUGCUAAGAAAGGAAAACCAGCCAGCAGUUCUGAAUCUUCUUCUGAUGAUAGUGAUGAGGAAGACCCUAAAACCAAGGGUAAAAAACUGCCAGUUGCUGCUAGUAAGAAUGGUUCUGCUGUAGUUACCAAGAAAAAAGAUGAAUCAAGUGAUGAUUCUGAUUCAGACAGCAGCUCAGAUGAAGAUGAUAAGCCUGCAGCAAAGAAACUGCCAGCUGCUGCUGCAGUUCCCAAGAAGAAAGAUGAAUCAAGUGAUGAUUCUGAUUCAGAUAGCAGCUCAGAUGAAGAUGUUAAACCAUCAGCAAAGAAACAGCCUGCUGCUGCUGCAAAGAAUGGAUCUGCUGCAGUUCCCAAGAAGAAGGUGGAAUCAAGUGACAGCUCAGAUUCAGAUGAUAGCUCAGAUGAAGAUGAUAAACCAUCAGCAAAGAAACUGCCUGCUGCAAAGAAUGGCUCUACUGCAGUUCCCAAGAAGGUGGAAUCAAGUGACAGCUCAGAUUCAGAUGAUAGCUCAGAUGAGGAUGAUAAGGUUGCUGCAAAAGCUUCAGCUAGUUCUAAGAAACCAGUACCAGCAAAAAAUGCCCCUGGGCCAGCAUCCAAGAAAAAAGAAGAAUCUAGUGAAGACUCGUCAGAAAGUGAAUCUUCAGAAGAUGAGGAAAAUGCCAAACCUGUUGUUCCUACUGGAGUAAAGGUUGCACCAACAAAAAAGAAAGAAGAAUCAAGUGAUGGUUCUGAAAGCGAAUCUGAUGAGGAUGAUGCUCCCCCAUCCAAGAAGGUUGUCCCUACAAAAAGACUUGCAAGCACCAAACAGGUUGAUGCCAAGAAGGAUGAGAGUGAGGAUGAUGAAAGCUCCGAGAGUGAUGAAGAGCCUCAAAAGAAAAAGCUGAAAGCCCCGUCUACCAAGGUAUCAAAGGAGAGUAGCAGUUCUGAAGAGGAGUCAUCUGAGGAGGAAAGUGAGGAGGAGCAAGACACCAAAACUCCAAAGAAAAAUGCCAAAGAAGACAGUGAUGAAGAAAUGGUAGAUGCUGCCUCACCUAAGGAAAAUAUUAAGAAAGCUGAUGCAAAAUCUGCAAAGAAAGCUCCCAAGACUCCUGCUACACCUCAAGUGCAAAGUACAGGGUCAAAGACAUUGUUUGUUGGCAACCUUUCCUUUUCAAUAGAACGGGCUGAUGUGGAGGAAUUCUUUAAGGAUGCUGGGGAAAUUGUUGAUGUCCGCUUUGCUUCAAAUGAAGAAGGGCGGUUCAAGGGAUUUGGCCAUGUUGAAUUUGCAACCGAAGAAUCUGCAAUGAAGGCUCUUGAGUUAAAUGGGCAAGAUUUGUUGGGUCGUUCAGUUAGACUUGACUUGGCUCGUGAAAGAAACUCAUAUACUCCAUAUAGCGGAAAAGAGAACAGUUCGUACCAGAAGGGAGGGAAAAGCCAAGGCCAGACCAUAUAUGUACGCGGUUUUGAUAAAUCUGGUGGGGAGGAUCAGAUACGUAGCACCUUGGAAGAACAUUUUGGAUCUUGUGGAGAGAUUACUAGAAUGUCCAUUCCAAAAGACUUCGACAGUGGUGCUCCCAAGGGGAUAGCAUAUAUUGAGUUUGGUGACGGUGACAGUUUCUCAAAGGCUCUGGAAUUGAACGGAAGUGAACUUGGGGAUUAUUCCUUGACAGUGGAAGAGGCAAGACCAAGAGGUGACAGUCGUGAUGGUGGUGGCAGUGGAAGAGGUGGUGGCGGCAGGAGUGGUGGUAGAGAUGGUGGCCGAUUUGGUGGCCGACGUGGAGGUGGUCGAUCUGGUGGUGGGGGUCGAUUUGGAGGUCGUGGCAGGGGACGCGGAACACCAAAUAAGCCAAGCUUGGCAGCAGCUGGCACAGGUAAGAAGACAACGUUCGAUGAUGAAUGAACAAAAAACAUGGAGGAGUUUUGGAAGUUGUUUGCCUCCUUUUCAGUUCGUAAACUUGCUAGUUUUGGUCAUGGGUUUUUUCGUCUUUUUGGUAUAUUGCCUUGUAAGGAUUUUUACCAUGUUUUUGACAAUGCCAAUUCAAGGCUUAUUUUCUCUUGUUGUUGAAGGAUUGAAUUCAAAAUUUAUAUAUAGUACUUAUUAGAAUUCUUCCAUUUUAA